GAGAGAGAAAGAGAGAGGUUCAUAACUACUCUGAAGAAGAUUGAAGCACCAAAGACCAUACAAUACAUUUCUCCAUCUAAGGUGAGAGGUCAAUGAAACAAUUAACAAAAAGUUGAAAGUUUCAUUUAUUUUCUCUUUUCCAAGAAAAUUAUAAAAAGAUGGAUAGUAAAAGGGAAUAGAAAAGCUUUUCCCUUUUUGUGAGGAAAAAAAAAGAUGAUUUCAGAAAACAAAGCCCUUUGUUUCUCUCUCUUAACCCAUCUUACUUUCUUCUUCUAUUAGUAAAGAUGAGUACUCUUUACCAAAUAAAUAAGGAAACAUAAAAAACAAUCUCUCCUUCUUUCUCUACAUGAAAAACAAAAGAUUCCUCAAUUUUGUUCUUAUUUUUCAUUUAGUCACAGUACCUCUCUCACUAUAAACCACACUGUCUUGAGAUAACAAACAAAAAGUGAGAUUAAAAACCUCAUCCGAUGAUAGACUACGAGAGAAGCAAUAACACCAAGAACAUCAACAACCAUCAUCGCAACCCUCCUCCAUCUUCAUCUUCCUCCGAUCUUCUUCCCGACGGUAAUGGAGCCGCCGUGACACAGAAGCGCAAACGGAGACCCGCCGGGACACCGGAUCCGGAGGCGGAGGUAGUAUCUUUAUCUCCAAGAACGUUACUAGAAUCGGAUCGGUACGUAUGUGAGAUCUGUAACCAAGGGUUUCAAAGGGACCAGAAUCUACAGAUGCAUAGAAGACGACAUAAAGUUCCAUGGAAGCUUCUAAAAAGAGAGACCAACGAGGAAGUAAGAAAGAGAGUCUACGUCUGUCCGGAGCCGACAUGUCUUCACCACAACCCUUGUCACGCGCUCGGAGAUCUCGUGGGAAUCAAGAAACACUUCCGACGGAAACAUAGUAACCAUAAGCAAUGGAUCUGCGAGCGAUGCUCAAAAGGCUACGCCGUUCAAUCUGAUUACAAAGCUCAUCUCAAAACCUGUGGCACUCGCGGCCACUCCUGUGACUGCGGCCGAGUUUUUUCCAGAGUGGAGAGUUUCAUAGAGCACCAAGACAAUUGCACCGUACGCCGAUCCCAACCCUCGAACCACCGUUUACAUGAGCAGCAACAACAUACUACAAACGAUACACAAACCGCUUCAAUCGCCGGAAACAACGAAAACGCGGACCUCUCCAUUGGUCCUAUAUUGCCCGGACAUCCUUUACAAAGAAGACAAUCCCCACCGUCCGAUCAACAACCAUCCGCUUUGGUCUAUCCUUUUGUUGCCUCGUGCGCGACUAAUGGGAGCAUCGAGCUUCAGCUACUUCCAUCGAGGCAUAGUGCUGAUGAGACCAGCCUUAGUCUGUCUAUAGGCACAAUGGAUCAAACUACAAUGUCGGAAGUUGAGAGGAAGAGCUACGAGAAGGGAGAGACGAGCUUAGAAAGAGAGGAGGCUAGAAGAGAAACGAAGAGGCAGAUCGAAAUCGCGGAAUUGGAGUUUGCUGAAGCCAAGAGAAUAAGGCAACAUGCGAGAGCCGAGCUUCACAAAGCUCAGCUUUUUAGAGAAGAAGCAAGUCGAAGGAUUAGUGCAACGAUGAUGCAAAUCACUUGCCACAACUGCAAGCAACAUUUUCAAGCUACUGCUGCUUUGGUUCCACCUCCUCCUCAGCUGCAUUGUACUGAUGAGAGCACAUCUCUCGCCGUGAGCUACAUGUCGUCGGCUACUACCGAAGGAGAAAAGGCGAGUGAUAGAGCAUCGUCAUAGUCUCAUACACCUUGAAGAGAGAACACAAAAGAAAAAAAAAUAUUCUUCUUCUUUUCUUUUUUGUUUCUUUGAUUGGAAUUGAAGAUCAUCUUUUGAGAUUCGUUGGUUUUUUUAUAAUACAUUCUUGGUUUGUGGGUAACCAGGGUUGGAUAUUCACUGGGGGUUUGAUUUUUUUUUUGUUUCUCAAACAAAAACCAAAGAAGAGAAGAGUUUUGUUGUAUGAAUAUGUUGGGUCUGUUGGUUGGUGGAUAUUGUAACUUGGUUAAUGUAAUAAACAGGUUAUAUAAUUCUAUCAUA